ACUGCUUGCCUACAGCGACCCGUACGCCUACAACGCGGUCCUGUGCUAUACGCUCCGGAACCGAAGGCUCCCAAGGUGGCAGUACCCUUUCCGAGUGAUAUCGGUAAAGGUGUGGGCCAGCCUCAUAGGCCUACUAGUCGUGUAACGGCCAUGCAGCACUCCAACAGCCGGGGCUUCGUGGCCAACACCAUGACCGCGGCGGGCGUGCUCUGGGAAGGCAACCCCAGCCCACACACGUACACCGGACGUACCGCCCUCUACGUCUUCCUGUGGACCCUCUUCUGUCUCCACUUCAACCCAGCCUACCGAGCAGCACUGGCCAUGGCAAACGUCCACUCUCUGGAGGAACCAGGACCGACCGAACUAGAUGACGUAAAGCGGGUCAUUGUGUCGUCAGCUGAUUCAAUACCCCUGGUGAAGGAAUAUCCCAAACUCAAUAAGUUAUUGCACCUUGUUGAGUUUUGCAAGGGACCUUCAAGCUGUGCUAAAGAGUUUAGGCGCGAUAUGAAGAACUCGGCCCUGAUCAUAUCAGGAUGGACGUACUGGUGCUAUAAACGAAUCCUCCUGGUGGACGAAGAUGGACGAUCCCUCCUCAAAGACCAGAACGAUCCACUAGCGGCCUUCCACAUCAGUGCCCUGAUCGCGAGGGACUCGCCCAUCGCGGUGACGCUGAACCGCAUCAUGGCCAUCGUAUGGCAGUCGGGGAUGAUCAAAACGUGGGGACUUGACCACCGCAGGAAAAUACAGAGCCUUCGCUGGAUCCAGAUGAAGGUCGAUCUGAUCGUCGUUAUGCUGGGGACUGCUGGGACGGACAUUUACAACACCACGGUCAUUGCGAGCUCGACACUGGGAGCCUUCAAGCACCGCACGCCUAUCCUCGUCAUCCACACAGCUGAGCUGGAGCCGGGCGGCGAACCAGAAGGCCGCGCGGACGUGGACACGAUCGUCGCGGCGCUCCGGGUCACGGGCUGGAUGCACACGAUCAUCGCGGUGCAGAGGCACACCGGCAGCCGCCUGCAGAAGGUGCCGGUGUACCUGUCGCAGCCCGGGUUCGUCCCGGGGGCGCGCUGCGGCUUCGGGCCCUCCACGACGACGCUGGCGUUGACGUGGUCCGAGGGCGCAGCCCUCGGCGAGGACGCCGUCCGCUUCCUGGAGCCUCGCAGAAAGGUUGCGUUUAACGGCUGCGAUGUCCUCGUGGCACCGUUAUAUGGGUCCCCGUUCGUGUUCUUUGGAACGGAGGGCGAGGUGCGGGGCCUCGACAUCGAACUGGUUAACUACUUCGCAGAGGACAGUAACGUCACCGUGAUAUUCCUGCCUGUGAAGACGGCCGCAGACGUUAACAAAAGAGUCAACAGAUGGGAUCGGCUGCGGUACACGGCCGAGCAGAAAAAGGAUAUUGGCAGCAUCUACCAGGAUUUCGAUCGGGCCGACGUGGUGGUAGGCGGCCUGUUCCCCACCAUAGAGCGCUCGAGUGCCUUCGAUCUUACAGCACCGUACUGCCAGGACACGAUCUACGCCUACGUCACGGCCAGGAUGCCCAUGGCUGCCUGGCGGUACCCGUUUGGCGUCCUGAGGAAAAGGGUGUGGGCUGCGGUGUUUGGAACUAUGUUGCUUCUAGUUGUGGUGCUGUGGGUGGCGGGGGGUGGCAGUGGACUCGAGAACACCAUCAUCCUCUACAGCAUCCUCUCCGACGGCGACCCGAAGCCCAAGAUGACCUCGAGAACCAAGCAGUUCGUGGGACUGGUCUUCCUGUGGACCGUCUUUUGCAUGCACUUCAAUUCAGGCUACCGCGCUAGCCUAGCCAUGGCCUCCAUCAACCCCAUGGGCACACCAGGUCCCAAGAGCAUCCUGGACGUAAAGGUAAGCGGGCACCAUCUCGCCGAACCCUGUCCUGCUCAGACAAGAACUUCGUAUGCUUGCAGAGAAUAG